CAGAGACAGAAACAUGGCCCUUGUCCGACAGCGAUAUCGAAAGUAUCUCGAUGAUGAGGGCCUGUCCGAGAACGAUGCAGUCAAGGAAUGUGUGACAGACAUCCUGCUAAAACUGCCCCAUCUAUCCUGGGAGGCAUGUGAGGAUGCUGUGCGCCUGUCACUGCAGUGCAGCACGCCUCCAGAAUUGCAUUGACCGGUGUAACUUUGGGAAUUGAGCUCUUGCUUCUUAUUGUUGAUCAAGGUCCUGUUCUUGAUUCGACCUCUGCCAAGUAUGCUUGGCCAUGGCAUUAUGGUUGAGUGUUUAAUACUGGACACUUUGAUUGAGUCUGAAGCGAGUGUGUUUGAUAUCUGCCGCUGCGUUCUCCAAUCAAGCGAGGAUUCAGUCUUACAUAGUUAAGACUGAACUUCUCAUCAUUCAUGAACCCACCAUGGUUGCACACCGCACUCUAUGGCGUGUAAUCAAAGCGAUCAUUGCUAUUUUCGUAGCUCUGGACGAGAGCUAGCUACACGACCGCAAAGACCAUCGGGAGAUCCACGUCCUCAGUGAGCGACUUCAGCGUGCAAUUCGAAAUCAUCUCCAAAUGAUCCUCCACCAACGGUGCCCUUGACCCGAGAGCGAGCCUGGUUCUGAUCCCAUGGCCAAACUGCCGGCUGGAUGCUUUCAUUGUAGCAACCAAUUCGAAGAGAGAGCACAGCCAUGCUCGCCACGCGUGCGCUCC